AUGUUUGCGGAUUACAUUAAGCUCUGGAGCGUCAUUCGAACUGCAAAUGACGAAGAGCAUUUGCAGGCGAACCUAAACCGACUCCAACAGUGGUCAAAGGCCUGGCUUCUGCCGUUCAACGAGAAAAAGUGCAAUAUUCUACGAGUCGGCAGAGCUCGCUCUCCGAACCAUAUGGCCUACUGCCUAAACGGUAUACCACUGCAAGAAGUGGACUCGCAGAAGGACAUGGGAGUAUGGAUUACGACCUCGCUCAAACCCUCGCUGCACUGCACGAAGAUAGCCAAGUCUGCAAUGUCAGUCCUCUACCUUGUCAAGCGGGCUUACUCUGCCUUUGAUGAAGACUGCUUCGCUAAAGUCUUUCGAACUUUUGUGCGUCCGCAACUAGAAUUUGCUAUCCAAGCUUGGAGACCCUGGACCGCGAAGAACCUCAGCAUCCUUGAAAGGGUUCAAAGGCGUGCAACGAAACUUGUGGCAGGACAGGGUUCACUACCAUAUGCAACGCGGUUAGCUAACCUUGAUCUCUUUCCCUUGAGUUACAGGCAGUUACGGGGUGACCUGAUACAAGCCUUCCGUAUUAUACGCGGUCACGACUGCAGCCUCGUACCGGGGGACUUCUUCGAGUUAGCAACCACCACAAAUCUACGAGGCCAUCCAUUCAAACUGCGUGUGACAGGGGCCAGACUGGACACACGAAAGUUCUUCUUCUCCAACAGAGUGCUAGAAGCCUGGAAAGCCCUGCCUGUGGAUGUCGUUAUGUCUGCUUCCGUCGAGGUCUUUAAGAGGAAGCUGGAUUUGUGUAGCAGUGUCCACUAA